AUCAAAAUUAUUCAUACGUAUUCCUGCACAUCCCGGCAUUGUAAUGGCGGCGUUCGUUGAAGGUGAACUCAAUUUAUUUGUUUGCAGGAAUUUUUGUGUGUGUGUGUAGUUGCAUCGUGAAUUUCGAACAUGUCCGACAGUGACUCUGAUCAAACUGCUUAGUGAUUUUUAUAUUCUUGCAGUGAAUCUGACACUGAAAAUGAUGAAAACAACCAAAUAAAGACUUUCAAAUUGAGGGUUAUGCUAAUGUUGUGAACUUUUGGUUUAGUGUUACUAGUAUUAGGGGUCCUCAAAUGGACAGAGAUUACCCCUCUGAAUUUUUAGACAACAUAAUUCCUAUAAAUAAGGCAUAAGCACCCCAUUUGAGUACUUUAUGCUAUUUUUAACACUAAAUAUCACUCAAGUGUUAAUGAGAGACCAAUUGAUAUGCAGACAACUUUCUCAGUAACAUCCAGCUUAAGAGAAGGUCCCUAGGUCAUAAAUGGGGGCCUGUUACAGUGUGUCUGUAACAACUGAAAAAUAGGGGGUGGGGGUGGGAAAGGAGUAGAACCAUGUGCCAGAGGUGUCUGAAGGGCCUUCAUGGGCCUUUUCCCCCCAAAAAAUAAGUAUUACGACUUAUUCAGGCUUCAUCCAUCAAAAAAUUCACACAAUUGAUACAAGUAAGUCAUGUUUAUUCUAGGUGUAACAAAAAAUUUCACGCAUAAAUUAGCUCAUUUGUGUAAAUUUUGAUAUGUCAGUUUGAUUCAUAAAGAUUGUAUUAGUUCAUUCAAUUUCCUACAAGAAUAUAUAUAGUUUUACAUAUAUUAAGGGAAUAUUUUAUUUUUUAUAAAUUUUUUUGCAAUGCGAGUCUCGAGCUCGUAAAAAGUGCUCCGUCUUUUUGGCACAUACACCCCGAAAAGGCACUGUCUCCAGAGGGUUAAAAUUGUGUUGUUCCUGUUUAAAGUGUUAAACCAUUUUUAUUUUAUUGAAGUUGUUAAUAGCACAGUGGAGAGAGGACCACUGGCCACUGCGUUUUCAAUGGCAUAGAAGAAAGGGAUAGUGGGCACUGUUUUUUCUUUGAAGUGGCAGAGCCAUGUGCAGUCAUGUUACAGGAGUUCUUUAGAUUUAGAGAGAUAUAUUAUAUGAUAUAUCUUUCCAGGCUCACUUAUUGUGUCGGACUUGUAAUAGUACUGACAAUAGUUUGAUUAUAAAACAACAAAUUCAUAUACAUUUGUAAGUUACCCCCACAGGGUGGGAGUGAUGCAAAAUAAAAUUCAUUAUCUCACUCAUUUCAAAUACAUAUACAAUAAUGAGUAUUCUAUAAUAAAAUAAGGACAUCUUUGAUUUUACUGUUAUAACUCAUUUCGAUUAACAAUCAAGCUAUUAGAGUAAUUUAAUUAGUUACUUAGAACUAAGUAUCAAAUUAUUAGGCCUAUAACAGAAUUAGAAUAUAUUAUGAGAUAUAUAUAUAUAUACUAAAGCAGUGUACCCAACCUUUUCUAUGUUCUGCGCCUCCUAUGAACUGGUUGACUAUGUCUCACACCCCCUAAAAAGGCAAUAAAAACACUUUAUUUUAAAAUUGGAAACAAAAUGACCUUCUAAUUUGUUUAUUGAAAUACAAGGAUAACUGUAAAAGUAACAAAAGAAACUUUUGGAUUAUUUAUUACAUAAAUUAAAAUGUAAAUGAAAGAAAUUAUUAAAAAUCUAUAAACAUUUAGACCUUUAUCAUUACUUGUAGACCAAUGACCCAUCAGUUCUUCAAUCAAAUUUCCUAGUAGCACACCCUGAAAUGCUACUUGGAACCUCCAGGGGUCUGUGAACAUCCCAGGUUUUGGGAAACCCUGCUAACCAACAUAUUCAUUUGGUCUAAUUAUAAAAAUACCUAUACAAAUGUUAGUUUUAACUGUCCCUAUUCACCUUUAAUGUUUAUCCACAUAUUCACCUUUCAUAAUUUAGUGUGAAGCUUAAAAAGUGAACAAAUAAAAUACACUGAUGAUGUCUGUUUAAUGUUUUUUCAUAUAACCAAAUCCUAUCAUUGUCUCUUUUUUGUUUUUAAACUUUCAACACAGGAAAGGAAACUAAAUAUUAUUCAUCCAUGUACACUACUUUCAUAAGCUGUGAAAAUAUGAGACGAAAAACAAUAUUACGACUAGGAAUUGUAAUUUUCAUAACUACGCUCAUCUGGGUUGUAUGGUUUGCCACACAUCUAGAUGAUGAUGGUCAUCAAUUUCCAUUAGACUAUCAAGAUGAAGUUUUCUUAAAUGGGAAAAAUAUGGGUCCAUUAUCACCUGAUCUCAUUCUGCAGAACCAGAGGAGAAAAAAGUUUCAAAUGUCCUAUGUGCUUCAAAAUGCUGGGAAUAAGACAGUUCCUCUGCCAAGAGACUUCAAGAGCUUAACGAUACCAGUCAUCAAGGAAAAUAAAAGUUUUAACCAAACAGUUUCAGAGAAUGAUAUGACUCUGGCUGAAGGUCUUACAUUCCACAAUCGGGUCUUUUACUUAAAUCGUAAGCCCUUUCGAAUUUUUAGUGGGGCUGUUCAUUACUUCAGAAUCAUACCAGAGCAGUGGGAGGAUCGUCUACUCAAGUUGAAGUCUUGCGGAUUGAAUACUGUGGAGACGUAAGAACCUCUAUUUUUUUUUAAUCUUAAAACAGAUUUUUAAUUCAUUAGUGGCUUAAAUUGAAAAGUUGAAGUGAUUUUUUAAAAAUCCAUUUCUUUAGUAUGAUCUUUACAAGACUUUAACAAGUAAAAGAAAUAUAAUUUAAAUCAAUAUCUAUGUCUUAGAAAGGUUUAAAUAUCAAGUAUUGCAAAAAGACUGACAAAUUGCAAGUCACAUAGUUUUAUCUGUGGCCAACACGUUUGAACAGGAUGCAGAUGGGCUGCAAUAAGUUUCUUAGACUCUUGGACACUUUUAUUUCAUUGGUUAUUAAAUUCCAAAUAUCUUUCUUUUUUUUUUUUUAAUUUUAAAUUUUACACUCUGAAAAACUUGUUUUUGUUUUUUUUAAUUCCUUAUUAUCUAGAUUGUAAUUCAGAUGCUAUCUUAAUCAAUUAUGAGAGAUUUAUUCAUUGCAUUUAUUGUUUUUAAAAUAUUCUCAAAUGUUCGCUGACACCACGUUAAGAUAUGCACCUUGGAACCUCCAUGAGCCAUCGCCAGGUGUCUACAACUUUGAUGGGAUCCUUAAUCUCAGGUAACUAUGAUUAGUUUGUAUUAGAAUUUACAGAAAUACCUGUCCGUUAUUGUUAUGGCAGGUAAGGGCCAGGCGUAAUCCUGUAUUUAUUAAGCAUGAAGUAUUUUUAAGCUGAAUAUUUAAUUUUGUUUAAACACAUCAGACAAAAAUUUUUUCUUCAGAGGAUACAGUACUUCAGUGUGAAAAAAAGAACAAAAUAAAUAUUUCAUUAUUUUCUAUUAUUUGUAAGAGCUAAGUCGUCCUCUUAUAUUAUAGGUUUAAUUUUUUUUAAUAUAUUUAAUUGAUUUGAAAGUUUUUAGCCAUGUUAAUUUUUUUGUUUAAAUUCCAUCUGCGUCAUAGUUUUGUGCUUCAAAUACUUUUUUAACUACCUUGAUUGCAAUCUCUGCAUGAUACUUUUUGUGGUAAUUGAGAUAAUACUAGCUUGUUAUUUAUAUAUAUAUAUAUACAGUAGAAGCCUGUUAUGUCGACAGCCUCAGGGUUUGCCGAAAAGCGCCGAGAUAACCGAUGCUCGAGAUAACCAAAAACCAAUUUGGUGAAAAUAUAUUAACAAGUGCUUGAAAUUUCUUUAUGUACAUCAUGUGCGUUAAUAAAUGCAGCUACUUCAGAAAAAAAUAAAUAAUUUUUUUAAUAUCACUGUUGUUAAGAGCAAAUUUCAAAUUAAAAAAUGAAACUAAAAUAAACUUUUUAACUUUAGUACUUUUUGAGCUACGAAUUUUUAAAGUGCAAGUUCGUUUGGUAUUUUUAACUAUGGAUAAAUCCUCCACAUUUUGUGACCUCAUUCUGCUGAUCGUAUCUUGCGCAAUUACUAUAUAGUUUAUAUAAGGCAACGCAUCCCCUCAUUACUAAAAUAUUAUUUAAGGAAUACUUAUUUUGAACUUUCAACUUUGGCACAUAACUAUUUAAUUAAAGCUUGCCCUGACCAAUGGUUUAAUAGCUUUUGCACACGGCAAACUCUUAUGAAUGAAACUCUGAUGUUGUACCAUGGCAUAGCCAUUAUGCAAGUGACCGUGAAUGGCUGCCCAUGACAACAUUUUGCACAUGGCAAAUUAUGAUCAAUUAUAAUGUGCACUCUACUGGGUUUUUAAACCUCGAAUUAAAACAUAUUAUUUAAAUUACUUCUAAGUUCAUUCUAAAACACAAGUCCUGUAUUUUGAGAAAUAAAUAAUUAUCUUUAAUUAUGAAAAACUUUUUUAUUUGUUGUUUGCUAUUUCUUCUUGCGGAGUUCCAAAGCCAGCGAUUGGUUAAUUGGUAAAUUUGGCCGCCUUUUGUGCUCGGCAUAUCAGGGUUCAGCGACAUAAAAGAAUAGACAUAACCAAGGAGAAAAUGCUAAGACAAAGAGAGAAUUUGGCAGUUCUACUUCAAAAACGUCGACAUAACAGUGUUGGUGAGUUAACCGAGUCGAGAUAAGCGGGUUCGACUGUGUGUGUGUAUAUAUAUAUAUAUAUUAUUAAAGACAACAAGUUUAUGUUUCUUACUUUCACUGAAGGAAAUUCAUCACAAUGGCUGCUGAUUUGGGCUUAUUUGUCAUUCUGCGACCCGGCCCAUACAUAUGUUCAGAAUUUGAUUUUGGUGGCUUGCCAGGGUAUGUAUAAAAUGUUUGGACUAUUACUAUUGGUAAAAAAAAAAAUUUGAUUUCACUGUCAUUGGGGUUUUCAAUAACUAUUCUUAUAGAAGGCAAUCACAUGUCAAUAGCAGCCCAAAAUAUCUGUUAUGAAUUACUUGGAUUUUUGUUUAGAUUUAAAUAUAUUAAAAAAAAUUUUUUUUGUAUUUAUUUUUUUUCAGUAUUUUCAUUUUCCCUCCUAGUCAAGUCACGGAUUUUAAAUGUAUCCAUUCAUAUCAUCACUGUUCACCGUUAACAUCAAAUCUAGGUUUAGAUUGUCUGGAUGUCAAAUCUAGGUUCACAUUGCCUGGAUGACUUAAAAUGCCUAUAGAUAACAUCAGUUCUGAUACCCUAUAAUGCAUGAUACUCAUGUCCAGUAAAUCUGACUUUUCAGGUGGCUGCUGAGUGACCCUGACAUGAAAGUGAGAAGUAACUACCCAGGCUAUGUGUCCGCAGUCAACAAGUACUGGAGUGUUCUACUUCCCCUUGUCUUCGACUUGCAGGUCAUAAUGCUGUUUAAUCUACUUAAAAUUGUGCCCAUUCAUAUCGUAUAAUUUAUUUUGAUUUUUCUAUUUCUUUUUGAUAUCAAACAUAUUUCAAGGUGAAAAUAAUGUCUUUCCCUAGGGCAGUGGUUGUCGAACUAUUUACUCAAAAGAGCCAAAAAUCAGCAGUGGGACAAUUUAAACAAAUUUGAGAGCUAAAUUUCUUUAUAAGAACCAUGUUUUUCAGAGUCAAAACCGAUUUGUUACUGACUGGCCGAGCCGCAUGCACCUCACGAGCCGUGGUUUGCCGACCACUGCCCUAGGGUGAACAGAUUCAUGUGAUUAAAUUUUCUUGCCCAUGCAGUUACUUGGAUGCGUGCCUGCUUGUAAACCACAAUAUUUUAGUCAAUGAUAAAUUGUCACCAUUCUACAAUUCUCUGAGCAUUUCUCUCGUAAGUCCCUUCACACAAAACAAUGCUAAUUAGUUUUUUUGCGCAGAAGGCGUUCGUCCUCCCCAAGAACAGUUGUCUCGCUGACAGGUCAUUUCCAAUCUACAGCUGGGAGAUGUCUCCAUAAGAGUUUGCACCCAUUGUCUCUUGGUGGAGAGGCAAGCAAAAAUACCACCCAGUGAUGAUGGAUCAUGAUUUGUUGCACUUUUGUUAAAUUUUUUCAUGCAUAGCUCAGCCAAAGAAGAAACAUAGUUUACUUUGGUUAAUUGUCAUUAUCAGUGAGUAAUCAUCAUUGUUCUUUUUUACAGUUCACAGAGGGGGGCCCCAUCAUCAUGUUCCAGGUUGAGAAUGAGUUGACAGGAUACACGGGUGACACGGCACACCUCAAGCUACUUGUCUAUGUAAGUCUCACCAGAGAUCAUACAUACCUUAAGCUACGUGUCUGUGUAAGUCACACUAGAAAUAAAACACCCACAGACCUAUGUCAUUAUGAUAGCUGCCUACCUAAGUCUAAGGUAUCUUAAAUUACUUAUUAAUCUCAUUUUUUUUCAUUCAGUAUCUUAAAAUCAAUUACCCAUAUCAUUUUGAAAGCAGAUAUUUAAAAUUUCUCAUCUAGUUCAUUUGGACUACUAAAAAUGUAUAAAAUUAUUUAUCCACUUCAUUUUUUAAAGCAAACACAACACAACAAAACAAACAAAAAUACUGAUCCCCAAACAAUAACUAUCUGUGCACUGAGAGACCUCCGUAUGUUUCAGCUGAUGAAAAGCCUUAAGGUGAAGGAGCUUAUUGUGACAAGUGAUCACAAAUUCAAAGAGAAAUUUGAGGUCAACAGAAAUAUAGACUUCAGCCAGUGUAAGUUGUUGUUGUCACCAUCACACUCACUGGGUUCAUUUAUGUGUACUGUUUACCUACAGUGUCUUUACCAAUAGCAGUGCCGUGUGAUUUGUACAAGUGGCAAAUUUUUAAUGUGGCUGUUUGGCGGAUUUAGUGGCAGCGUCGUCGGCAAAGCACAGGACAGAUGUUUGAAUAGAGGCAAACAAAAAAAACAAAAAAAGAAUAAUAGCCCCCACCAGAUCUCUCCUUCCUCCAAAUACAGAACUUUAAAAAAAUUAACUUGGAAAAAGUUCAAAUGCACCUGGCCAUCUUGGUGCAAAACACAGUCCCAUUCAAAUUCUCUGUUAUACUAGAUAUGGUCUCAUUCUAAUUCUCUAUUAUACAUGAUAUGUUCCCUCUCAAAAUUCUCUCUUAAAAUAUAAAUGUUCCCAUUCAAAAUUCUCUAUUAUAAGAGAAAUUGUCCCAUUCCAAAUUCUCUUGAUAAUAGAAAUUGUUCCAUUUGCAAAUUCUCUAUUAUAGUAAUAAAUACACCUAAUACUGACAAGUACACUUAUAAUUCAGUUUUGUCUGUUAGUGCAUCUGACAAGUACUCAUGUCUCACCUUUACUUGUGUGCAGAAGAGCUGACAUUAAAAUGCUUUUUAGCUACGAAGUGGUUAUUCCGACCCGCGUCCGAGAAGUGAGAGGCUGGGAUUAAAUUUUAAAAAUUAUUAUUAUUGUCAGGUUGAGUCUAAAGGGACCCUGGUCCGAAUAGCGGCGCUGCAUGUCCGGUCCAUUUUGACUAAAUGCUAUUUGGUCCAUUUUGACUAAAUGCUAUUUGGAUGUCAUUUUUUGUAGUUUAUUUUAGUUAAACUUAAUAAGUAAGUUUACAAAAAUAUAGUCCAUUCAAUUAUCUUUCAUUUGAUACCUAAUUUUGUAUUACAAAUCCAACAAUAAUUUUAAAAUAUUUUUUAAUAAACCCAAACUCUCACUUCUCGGACGCGGGUCCGAAUAGCCGCAGCCUUUUAGCUAUGUGCAGCACAACCGACAUUAACUCCGCAGCCACCACUACCGUGUAGUAAUUCAUUCACUUUGAAUGCCCCCCCUCCCACCCCCCUCCACAGAUGCCCUCUUGACCGACAACCUCGGCAGCUUCAAUGAAAACAGCUACGAUGUCAUAACCACACUGAACCCCCAUUUCCCUUACAUGGUCAUGGAGCUCUGGACAGGAUGGUUUGACUACUGGGGUCAGAAGCAGCAUUCCCAGACCUCACCAGCAGGUAGGCAGUUAUGGUAUAGGAGGAUCGGGUUGUGCAUUCAUGAACCUUGGCAUCAUUGUUAAGCGUUCUCUCCUUGAUGCUGGCGAUACUGCUACCGCAUGAGACAAAUUAUUAGUCGGGGCUGUCCCCAUGGCAGAACAUUGUUGACAGGUGGCACUCAUGAGCUAAUGAUCGAGAUUAACCAAACUCAAACAAUUUGUGUAAAUAAAAUAAUUUAUGUUAAGCUUUAAUUUUGAUCAGACAAAAUACAAAUUCAAACGUUUCGGCUAAUUCUUCCUUCCAUCAGUGUGAAAUGGAAAAUUAACAAAAUUAUAAAUCAAAUCUCCAUAAUAAACGCAUGUCCCACCUAUACUCCAAUGAUCAGGCAGCAAUUAGAUGACAUAUAAAUUGUGUUUCUAAAUUUUAACAAACUGAUGUAUUGAAAACUCUAUGCCUGGCGCUGCUAUUCAUGUUAGUUAAAUCUGCUCCUAUUGAAUGCUGACUAUUUUACUGCUUGUUCCAGGCUUACAAGUAACUUUAAACUCCAUCCUGACGGUAGGUGGCUCAUUCAACCUGUACAUGUUCAUCGGCGGCACCAACUUUGGCUUCACGAGUGGAGCCAACAACUUCUCAUCCUACAUGCCCAUGGUGACAAGCUAUGGUGAGUUUUAAACUAGGGCAACAGCAAUCAGAUACCAGCUGAUGCUGAUACUUGAUACAUCCAGCAUUUCUUUUGGGUUCUAUUUUGGGGAUUGGUGUUGGGGGGGGGGGAAGUAUGUUGGGGGGUGCUCUUGUAUGUAACAGGUUAUGUUUUUGGGGAUUAGGGGUGUGUAGGGGAUCUGAGGAAGGGGGGCAUUUUCUAGUAUGUAAUGUUGGGUUCUGCAUUGCUGCAUUGGGGAUUGGGGGGUGUACGUGUAUGUAACAUCCAUCUUACUUUGUGUGCAUGUAGAGAUGGAGGAGUUUUGCUGAUCCCAGGCCCAUGAGCCGGCUGUCUUCCAACUCUUUUACACAAGGGUUCCCUCCCCCAGGAAAUGAGGCUGCCUUGCUUGAAAGCGUUUAACAUGCAGUGCUGUGUAUCUACAGCUGAGUGUAACCCUCACAAAAAUUUUAAUCUGCUGCUUGCUACUUAACUCGCACCCUUAUUAUUUUGUUUUCCCCCCAUAACUUGUUUUACGUAUUUCCUUCUAGAUAACCUGAUUGCAGUCCCCCCCCCCCCUUAUUAUUAUUAUUACCUCCUGCUUAUGAAGCAGACGAGCUAUCAUUGAGAUUUAGGGCAACCAUGGUGGGGGACAUAUUAAUGCAUCUGGGUGUCCUUGGAUAAUGAGAAUUUUUUAACAUUUUGUUUUUUAUUUCAAAACUGCUGUGAUUUACUGUGUAUCAAUGUAACCGCUAUCCGAAAGACUUGUUUUAUUUUUUUUUAUUAUUAUUGUGUUGUUUUAACUUUUACACUUUUUUUUUUAAAGAUUAUGAUGCCAUUUUGACAGAAUCAGGGGACAUUACUCCAAAGUAUGAAGUAGUGAGAGAAACAAUGCUGAACUUCUACAAAACAAUAGGUAUUUUAUUCUACUUCAGGCUGUGAUUGAGUGAUUAAUAGAUUGGCAUGUUUUUUUUUGGUGGUCAAAUCUGAAAGUCAUCAUUUGAGAAAUAUCUGUUCGAGAUAACAGUAAGUGCUUGCAAAAUUGCAAAAUUAAAUGCAUUAUGAUAGAAACUUUACCUUUGUACUCAUUAAGUCAUUGCAAUUACAACUGGGAUUUUUUACAUUUUUAAAAUUUGGUUGGUGUAGUGAGGUGUCAUCUUUUUGUCUAGAGCAAGUCAUAAUCUCAUGAUAUACCUCACCAAUUAAUGUUUUGAAUUUUUUAGAAUUUAUUUGAAAACUUAUUUUUUCCCUUCCUCUGUAACGUUCAAAGUUUAAAUUUUUACUUACCACAAGGCUAAAAGAUUCAUGUAACUUUUUUUGGACACAUUUCCCCAGAGCUGCCUUUGACUUUAAAGAGCCCUAGAAAUAAGAAAAUAAUAGUGACUAACAAUAAUUCUUCCCCCCCUUUUCUCCCCUUUUCCUUGUCUCAACAGGAGUGUCCGGACUGCCUUUUGUACCACGAGAAUUGCGAAAGGGGCAUUACGGUAAAGUUUUGCUUAGACAGUUUAUUCCUGUAGUUAAUGUUUGGAGAGUAUACAAAGUCACUCCGCUGUGUUGUGAAGUAAGUCAGUGCAGGAAAUUUUAACUAUACAGCUUUUAGGCACCACAAACUUAUGUGGUAACUACAGUGGUUCUCAUAUCCUUGACAGGCACCACAAAUUUAUGUCGUAACCACAGUGGUUCUCAUACCCCUUGACAGGACACCACAAACAUAUGCUGUGACAAUAGUGGUUGUCAUACCCUUGACAGAACACCACAAAUUUUAUGUUGUACUAACAGUGGUUCUCAUACCCUUGACAAGCACCACAAACGUAUCUGGUAACAACAGUGGAAUUAUAUGUUGUUCAUUGAUCAAAAUGUUAAUGUUGGAUUUAUUUUAUUCAAAUUUAUUUCUCAUAAGGUAUGUUUUGUGCUGCAAAGUAGAUUUAGAAAAGGACUUUACUAUUUUAUUAAGUUAAUUUAACAAAAUAAAGAACAGAUUCAAUUUUAGUAAUUAAUGUAAUUUUUUUCUGCCAUUGUGCUGCUCUUUAGACCUCUAAAAAAUUACUUUUAAAAGUCUAUUUAUUUUUUUCCUGUUAUAAAUUCAAGUUUAAAGAAUAAUUAUAAACACUUUUGUUUUUUUACCAUACAAUUUCAGGCAGCGUCUUAAUCCAAAAGGUCAUGGAGUGGGACAUCUUCAUCUCUCUUAUUCCAGUAAGUAAUUCCACAGCCUGUUGGCAGUCGAGGGAUUGAGAGUAGGUCAACGAAACAGAUGACAGGGGAUCACAUGGGGGGGGGGGGGGGGGGGCACUCCCGGCUUUUUUUUCACUGUUUCCAGUGAAUAACUGUUACCCUUAAGGAGGGCGGGGGGGGGGUUGAAACCAUGAUGUAACACCUGGCGGGGGGGGGGGGGGGGGGGAGGGGCACUCCCAGCUUUUUCUUCACUGAUUCCAGUGCAUAACUUGUACCCUUAAGGAGGGCUGGGGUGGGGUUGAAACCAUGAUGUAACACCUGAGUGACUCAUCCAUUCUGUGGAUAACUCUACCCUUUAUCAAGAUUUCAUACAACUCUUGGCCAAACUUACAAGAAUUCUAUUUUUAUUGGCAUCCUAGUUGCACACUGUAUGACUGCCACAAUUCUUGUCCACCUGUACAUUUGUUUGAUUGGAAGGAUGUGGUGAAGCAGGACAGGGCCCUAAACGGGCCAUGGCGCCACCGAUGAUGAUGAUUUCAUUUAUUUUUUUAUUACCCUCCUAGCAAGAUCUGCACCUGUAUACAAAUUCUGCCAACCUUACUGUCUCCACUUCUCCCCUGAUUCAGUGUUGAGGCAAAAUUUGAAUGGCCUCAUAUAACAGUUUCUCUUGAUUUUUUUUUUUAAAGUUUAAGUUGAAAAAUGAUGUUGAAAUUAGUUAGCUUUAAACCUUUAGCCCUUUCCAGCCCUCUCUUGCUUGACUGAUUCAGAUGCUAAAAAUUUCUGGGGGCUGUGAAUUCUGAUAAGUACAAUUAGAUAUGUUCAUUCUUAUAAUGUGAUGUCAUGUUCAUUAUGAUAAUAUGUCAUUCUGCUAAUGUGAUGUUAUGUUCAUUGUGAUAAUGUGUUGUUAUGUUUACUCUGAUGAUAUUAGGUUAUGUUCAUUCUGAUGAUGUUAUGUUAUAUUCAUUCGGACCAAAAGAUAACAACCUAUUUCAGAUAGCCGCAACAGACGACAAGCUGAAUUACAUGGAGACCUACCGUGACCAUGACAACAGACACACCACCUUGGGCUACAUUGUCUACUCCUAUGACAUUGGAGAGGACACCCAUUGGAAUAAGAUGCCUGGUAUACAGAUGACGGGGGAAUACAAGGACAGACUGACUGUAAGUUUAUGGGGUACGCUGUCUGGUAUACAGAUGACAGGGGAAUACAAGGACAGACUGAAUGUAAGUUUAUGGGGUACGCUGUCUGGUAUACAGAUGAUGGGGGAAUACAAGGACAGACUGACUGUAAGUUUAUGGGGUACGCUGUCUGGUAUACAGAUAACGGGGGAAUACAAGGACAGACUGACUGUAAGUUUAUAGGGUACAAAGUCUGGCAUAAGGGUGAGAGGGAAAUACAAGGAAGGACAGACUGACAGUAAGGUACGCUGUCUGGCAUACAGAUGAAUUAAGUUUAUAGGGCACAACGUCCACUCAAUUUGCACUGUGGUUUUGUUAUAAAAAAAACACACCAAUUGUGUAUCAGGAAUAUGAGUUUGUAUAACUUUCCCAUGCUGACAAUAAAAUUACAAAAAUGAAUGUGACUGCAAAAUAGAUUUGUCUAUAGGCCUUUAUGCAAGCCGGCACUAGUGUAAGACAUUCUUUUAAUAGAAAUGUAAUUUUAUACGACAUUAAAUAAUAACAUAUUUAAAAAUCAUUUUUAUUGCUCAAGGCAAAGUGACCGAUGGUAGAAUUCAGAUGACCAAACUUGACUUUUACUAAUAAUAAUAAACUCAACAAUAAUAAAAAGCAGUUUUCAACAACCAGUUAGGAUCAUCACAUUGUUACCGAAAGACAAUAAUAUUUGAAUGGCACCAAGGCUUUUUAACAAAAAAUGACAUAAAGUAAAAUGAAUUAAUUAUUUCCAAGAAAUAUAACCAAAAAAAUAAGUAUAAUUGUAAGAGUCACUACAUUUAAUUGUAAGCGACACUACAUUUAAUUGUAAGCGACACUGCAAUUAAAUAGUUAGCGAGGCUACAUUUAGUUGUAGGCAAAACUACUUUUAAUUGUAAGCGACACUACAUUUAAUUGUAAGCGAGGCUACAUUUAGUUGUAGGCUACACUACAUUUAAUUGUAAGUGACGCUGCAUUUAAUUGAAAGCAACCCUGCAUUUAAUUGUAAAAUAGGAAAUGAGUAAAACAAAGUAAGGUCAUACUUGAAAUAAGGAACGCAACGAAACAACGAACAUGUCGGCAUUGUUGUACCCUGUGACCUUACUCUGUUUUACUUAUUUCCUAUUUUGCUAACCUGUUUUCAGGCUCUCCCCUUAUUACUUAUUUAAUUGUAAGAAACGCUACAUUUAGUUGUAAGCAACACCACAUUUAAUUGUAAGCAACACCACAUUUAAUUGUAAGCAACACCACGUGUUAUUGGAAGCAACACUAUAUUUUAUUGUAUAAGUAACAUUACAUUUAAUUGUAAGCAACCCUACAUUUGAUUGUAAGCAACACUACCUUUAAUUUUUAAGCAGCACUUCAAUUAAUUGUAAGCAACACUAUAUUUGAUUGUAAGUAGCGCCACAUUUAAUGAUAACCAAUUAGGGAAUGUAAAAAGUUAUAUUCCUUGCAGUGAUACACCAGGUAAGUCUGGCAAUACUGAACCAUAAUCUCUAGGGAAAUUUGUUCAGAUAUUAAAAGUGUGUUUCCUUUGUUUGAAUUGAAAUAUUAAUUUAAGGUUACUUCGAAAAAAAAAACCAGGCAAUCCUAAACAGUGAGAUUUUCUACGUGCAAGACGAUCUCAAGUCUGACGAGGAGGAUAAGUUUCUACCUUACAACUGGGACCAGAAAUUCCAGGUUGGUUGGCCAGAUACAGAUUGUAGACAUAUGUGUUUGACCUAGAUUCUCUAUGUUUAAUAAUGUCUAAUGAGUAUUUAUAACUAUCGGUUUAAAUUUUUAAUACUUUUUUAGCCUUAACUUUGAUGCCAUUGUCCCAUUUUAAAAAAAAAAUUUAAAAAAUAACUUUUAAUGCCAUUCUCCCAUUUUUUUUAUUUUUUUUUUUUUUUAAUAAAAAAUUUUUUGUCUUACAUUUCGUCCCCUUAGAAUAACAAUGUUCUAUAUUAAUACUUUUUUAGCCUUAACUUUGAUGCCAUUGUCCCAUUUUAAAAAAAAAAUUUAAAAAAUAACUUUUAAUGCCAUUCUCCCAUUUUUUUUAUUUUUUUUUUUUUUUAAUAAAAAAUUUUUUGCCUUACAUUUCGUCCCCUUAGAAUAACAAUGUUCUAUCUGAAUUUUUGGUCAAAUUGAGAUAUUUGCGUUUUAAAAUUUGAUGUUUGGUAUGGAUGAACUAAAAACGUUUUCAUCGAAUUUGUUGUUGUUUUAUGUUUAUAUUAUCAAUACAAGGUUUGAUCAUUAAAAUAAAGGUUCUAGGUAUUGAUUUUGAUUUUAUAUGAAUUUAUGAAAUUUAGAUAGAACCUUGUAAUUCUAAAAAUGCUAUUUAACUUUAGAAUAACAAGGCUCUAUUUAUUUAACACAGUAUGAUUUAAGCAGUUCCUUUCAAGGAUAAAUACAUAUUCAUUAUUUAGAUCACAAAUACAAGACAAAAUCAUUUAACAAUUAUAUUUAAAAUAAAGACUGAACAAAUUUCCUUGUAAAUAUUUUCUUUGUAUUAAUUUAUUAUUACAAACAUGAACAUUCAUUAGACAAUAUCAUGGUUUACACACAAACUUGAAGUUUCUGCAUUAUUUCCAUUCAAAACCAGCUACCAUACUACAACAAGUUACAUCAUUAUGUUGCUAUAGUCUAACUCAGGCAUGAACUUAAGCAUGUCUCUAAAAAUCUGUUUUCUUAGCUGCAGACAGUUUAUUAGAUGACUUUGCUAUCUUUGGUUGAGGCAAAAAUACUUGAGUUGAUUUAAUUGGGACACAACUUCUAGUGUUUUAAGGUUUUCUUAUAUUGAUCUUCUCAAAUGCUAUGUCCUUGUGGCUUAAUCUACAACCAACCAAUGGCUCAUUUGUAAAUUUGAUUACACAUACUUUGGAAUAUUUUACACUCUGGUAUUGAAAUUUAUCAGUAGAUGUUUUAAAAUCUUUGAAGUCAUUUGGCAUCAUUGCUUCAUAUGUAUGAUUGUAUAAGGUUUUCUCCUGUUUACAGUUUUAAGUACUCUUAUUAGACUUAGUGGUGAAAACACUUCACAUGACAAUAGAUAAUAGUAGUCACUGCUAUCAGUAUCAUAUUCCCAUGACGAGGAGCUUGAAUAACUAUUUUCUAGUGAGCCGUCCGCCAUUUUGAAUGUAAACAAUCCAUGACCAUUGAAGUAACGGUACAUAACAAGCCUUAUGAUUGGCUGAAGAUAUGGAACUCAUUUUACAAGAUGAAUUUUUAUUGAUUCCCCCAAAAUAGUAUCUCGUUAAAACUAAAAAUAUACAUUAGAACUUUGUUAUUCUCCAGUUGAAGGCCGACCUCGAGUUAGAACCUUGUUAUUUUUGUAUCUCCUGCAAAAUCGGCUCAUUAUAAAGUUUCCACCUUUUGUACCAUGAUAGAGGUGUUGAUUAACUUUUGCACAGGGGCAAUAACUCUUUUUUUCUUCAAAAAAUCGACUUAGAACAUUGUUAUUCUAAGGUGACGAUUUGUGUAAUUAUGUUAAUUUUUUUUUAAAUUUACCUAUUUAUGGUAUAAUUUAGGCUGGCUGCCCUUUUGGCUCCCAUUUGUGUAUAUUUUCACUGGCCCACUCAUUUAGACUCGCAGCCUUGGACUUCAGAUGCAGAUUUUGUUUUUCCACUUAGUAUGAAGGGGUAGGGGGGCUCGUGGCUGAAGGGGAGGGUGAUGGGCUGGGGGUAGAGGGCUGUGGGCGCAGGGGGAGGUGGAUGGACUGGGGAUAGGGGGCUCGUGGCUGCAUGGGAGGUGGAUGGACUGGGGAUAGGGGGCUCGUGGCUGCAUGGGAGGUGGAUGGGCCGUCUAUCUGGAUGGAUUUGAUGCCUCAGCCUUUAAAUCUAGGCCAAAGGCUUUCAUACUGCAGUGCACCACCAGUUUGUGUGUGUGUGUGUGUGUUUAGAGGUUCUUGUGUGUGUUGCACCUUCAUGUAAAUAAUGGUCUGUGUGCACCUCUAUGUAAAUAACCAACUUUUUGAUUAACUACCAGUACAUGUAUGAUUAUGUUGACUAAACAUUUCAGAGAUACCCCUACCAGUACAUGUAUGAUUAUAUUGACUAAACAUUUCAGAGAGACCACUACCAGUACAUGUAUGAUUAUAUUAAUGAUUAUGAUGAUCUGUUAAUGAAGCAGCAUUGGCACCUGGCCUUUCUUCAUAGAAUGAAGGUUAAUAUUAUGCGAUCGCGUUCUGUUUCUUUUUACAGAACAUAAAAAUUUCAAGCUCUAGCUGUGUCAGAGGUGUAGCUACAAUGUUUGAUUGACUCCUUUCCCCUUCAACUCUAAAACCUGUUAUUUCUAUCCAUAAAAUAUAAAAUCCCAUUUCAGCGCCCCUACUAGUCUGGUACCUGGUGACCCCCCCCCCUCCCCUUUAGCUACACUUCUGAUCCAAGUUCUAUCACAGCAGCUGGGUUGUAAUAGCAAAGUUGAUUUAAGUUCUAUUUUUUAAAAAUACCACUUUAUAUUUUUCUAUUUCUUUGGUUCAUGUUAUGAAUUUUUUGUUUUCUGUUUUUCAACAUUGAGAGGGCAAUGGGAAAUUCUGAGGGGGAAGUGGAAUAUUGGCUGCUGGAAAAUUUCAUUUUAAUUCUUGGCUAGCGAUGUACAAGCUUGUACCAUACUGUAUGAUUAUUUUUUUAAAUGGGACAUUAAAAAAAAAGUGGGGGGGGGGGGGGGAGCCACCCUAAAUUGCCGACUUUGAUUUUAGUUUGGUGGUUUUUAAAAUCUGGUACACAAAUUAAUAUUGUGAUGCAAAUUAAUAUUUUGAAACAAAUUAAAAUUGUGAUACAAAACAUUUGGUGAAGUUGUGCUCCGUGAAGCUAGGUUGGGGGGACGUGAACACGCAAUUACUGACAGGACAUCAAAAUCUCACCUGAAAGCAAAGAGCCCAAACAAAAUGAAUGAAUAAAAUUCAACAGCCGUUAAAAUCAAAUAUGAAGUUUUUAAAUUAUUUUAUUUUAUGUUAAUAUUCUAAUGACCCACUCGCUUUUACACUGCAGAUUUAUUUCACCAACUAUUUCUGAAAACAAAACAUGCAAACAAAACUGAAGUUAAUAUAAAGGAUUUUAAAAGUCUAAGGAUAGAAAAGGUGUACUUUGAUAGGAUCAAAUACUAUUUUCUUAAUAUGUUAGAAUCAAUAAGUUGUUAAAAAUAGAUAAGUUUCACUGUAAUGGUAUGGAUUAAGCGUUUCUUAAUAAGAGAGGAUCUGUAUGCUUAAAAAAAAAACCUCUAUGAAAACCUUCACUGCAUGACGAUUAAUGCUUUUCAUUGUCAGAACGUGUCAUCAAGAAUGAAGAAGAGAGGCAACAAACUGACCAGGAGAUUAGACCUGAUGGUGGAAAACCUAGGGAGGGUUAAUUUCUCACCUGAGAUGUCUGAUCAUUUCAACGAUCAAAGAAAAGGUAAGGCAAAGCUUGAUAUAUUUCAGUGGUGCAUAACUGGAACAUCUGAGAUGUCAGCUGUAAAGGAAGACAUAGAUAGGAUGCAUCUGACAGAAGGAAGACAUUGAUAGGACUUACCUGACAGAAAGAAACAUUGAUAGGAUUCACCUGACAGAAGGAAGACAUUGAUAGGAAUUACCUGACAGAAGGAAGACACUGAUAGGAAUUACCUGACAGAAGGAAGACAUUGAUAGGACUUAUCUGACAGAAGGAAGACACUGAUAGGAAUUACCUGACAGAAGGAAGACAUUGAUAGGAAUUACCUGACAGAAGGAAGACGUUGAUAGGAAUUACCUGACAGAAGGAAGACGUUGAUAGGAAUUACCUGACAGAAGGAAGACAUUGAUAGGAAUUACCUGACAGAAGGAAGACAUUGAUAGGACUUAUCUGACAGAUUUCAUGAAUGUCUGUCUUAAUCUUAAUAGGUGUCAAAAUGAUACUUGUGGCUUGAAAUCACACUGGUGUAUUGCAGUCAUGCUAGUGUGUUUUAAUCAUACAUAUGUAUUGAAAUCAUACAGGUGUUUUAUCCAUGUAUAUUUUGGUAAGGAAAAAGGUGUGAGUCCCUUGAUUUAAAUAUUUGACUUGUGUUUAACACUUUUUCAUCCCAGGACUUCGUGGACCAGUUUUCCGCUACAUCUUUGGCAUCAUGGAAAAUUGGAACAUUCGUUAUCUGACCUUUGAUCAAAAUCAAUACAAAAUGUGAGUGUUAUUGCAUUCAUAUAUAUAUAGAUAUAGAUAUCGCCCUAGUUUAUAUUAAGUAUUUUUAAAAAUCUAUUACCAGUGGUACUGACUAAAGUUGGAGACUUUACAGUUAUCUGACAUCUGGAUCUCAAUUUAUCCUGCAUGUCCAUUCAAAGUGUUUUGAGCGGCUUAUCCGACAGGUGGUUCUCAAUUUAUCCUGCUCACCCAGUCAAAGUGGUAUGAGCGGCAUAUUUCUAUUGGUGUUUAGCAUUCUUCAUUUACCUGCUCAACAAAAUGCAGAUCUAUUGAGCCCUUGUGCUGACAUUACUGGGUUUGGGGACAGGGGUGGGGUCAUUAGAGUAUAGACAUGCCCUAGCACUGCAUAUUUAAAUACGGGGUGGGGAAGAGGCAUAGGGGUAUCGAAAUGUAUAUAUGAUGGGUGGAUGGGGACACAUUAAGGUAUUGAAAUGCCCUAGCACUGUAUACAUGUAGGGUGGGUAGAGAGGCAUUGCUGUAUUAAAAUGCCCUAGCACCUUAUAUAUGCGAGUGGGGAGGCAUUGUGAUAUUGAAAUGCCUUGGCACUGCCUAUAGCAAUUCAGCUUCAAUUUUUUCCUACAGACUGACAAAGUCAAUGACUUGGGAGUCAGUUGAGGAUGUUGAGAAACGGAGGAAAGAUGUCGAGGAAACAGACGUCCUGGCUCCUGCAUUGUACAAGACUUAUUUGACCAUCAGCAACGAACCGCUGGACACUUUCCUCAGACUUGAUGUAAGUUAGUUGCAUGUUCUUACUGGUACUUAAUUUUUGAAAAUAAAAAAAAUAUUAAAAAUAUUUAAUUUGUCAUUGCUCUAACUAAUGUUUAAGACAUUAUUGUUGGUCUUUCCCCCCCCUCCCCUGGACAGGGCUGGACUAAAGGCGUGGUCCUCAUCAAUGGCUUCAACCUGGGAAGGUACUGGUUCAUUGGCCCACAGAGAACUCUCUAUGUUCCUGGCCCACUACUGGUGCUAGGCCAGAACGAGGUCAGUACGCAAAAUGCUUGGUGAUUUCUGUGAUUUUAUCAGAGGCAGGCAGUAAAGAGCUGUAAGGUGGGGGGGGGGGGGGUGAACUUCUCACCGCUGUUGAAUUUCUGGUCUAAUACCUAAUAGAGUGUCACGUCUGCCUUCAUCUUAUUUAUAAAGGGGAGCUGUUAUCCUCAAUCCAUUGCGCUUGCAUCGCAGAUGAGCAAAGAAAGAUCUUAAAAUUUGGACCUUGCUUUGCAGGCCCACAAAGUAUUUUUAGAUCCUGUUUAAAAGUGUUGUCUUCCUGAGUUGCAUAACUAUUCUUGUUCAUCAUCAGUGGCCCUACAGACCAUGUAGGUCCCUGGCCUGCAAUUAUUCUUGCUACCAAAUCAAAAUUAAAUAUUAAACUUAACCGCAAAACUACAUAAUAUUGCUUUAUGAUAUAUUUAUUUAUGUUUUUUUAGUCUCACGCGUGCCUUUGGCCUCACAAUUCCAUUUAUUUCAGAUUAUGAUAUUUGAAGAAAUAAAAAGAGGGGCUGACAUCUACUUCCAAGACAAGCCCUCUCUUGGAUAACGUCAUGCUGUGGGCUCAGAUUUCCAUCAUUUUGGAACACCAGGCUGUGGCACAUACCGAUAAGCUGUUUAGUAGUUCUGAUAUUUAAUUUGUGCUGAAAGUGUGUAUCUCCAGCAGGGGUACAAGUACACUGUCAAGAAUAGAUGGGAAUUUCAGCAAAAGUUGUGGUUUUUUUCCCAGUUCUUGCAACCUGUGCUGAAAAGUCUGGCCAAUUCUUGAUCAUCUUGCUAAGAGAUACUAUUAAAAUAGUUCACACAAUUACUUUUUCAACUGAGACAAGUUCUCAUCAGAACACAUUUCAUAUGACCUAACAUUAGGGUGUUGGAUGCACCUUGAAAUGAAGAUUCUUUUUUGUAUGUACCUCAAAAUUAAGAUGCUCUAAAUUACUUGACAGCAUGAUAUUUUACAAGCCCGACAUCAGGAUGUUGUAUGCGCCUUGACAUCAGGAUGUUGUAUGCACCUUGACAUCAGGAUGUUGUACAUAUCUUGACAUCAGGGUUUUGUAUGCACCUUGACAUCAGGAUGUUGUAUGCACCUUGACAUCAGGAUGUUGUACAUACCUUGACAUUAGGGUGUUGUAUACACCUUGAUAUCAAGAUGUUGUAUGCACCUUGACAUCCGGAUGUUGUAUGCGCCUUGACAUCAAGAUGUUGUAUGCACCUUGACAUCCAGAUGUUGUAUGCACCUUGACAUUAGGAUGUUGUACAUACCUUGACAUCAGGGUGUUGUAUGCACCUUGACAUCAAGAUGUUGUAUGCACCAUGACAUCAGGAUGUUGUGUGCACCUUGACAUCAGGAUGUUGUAUAGACCUUGAUAUCAGGAUGCUGUAUGCACCUUGACACCAGGAUUUUGUAUGCACUUUGAAACCAGGAUGUUGUGUGCACCUUGACAUCCGGAUGUUGUAUAGACCUUGAUAUCAGGAUGCUGUAUGCACCUUGACAUCCGGAUGUUGUAUAGACCUUGAUAUCAGGAUGCUGUAUGCACCUUGACAUCCGGAUGUUGUAUAGACCUUGAUAUCAGGAUGCUGUAUGCGCCUUGAGACCAGGAUUUUGUGUGCACCUUGACACCAGGAUGUUGUCAGUUCCUGUAAGUGCCUUAACACUGGGAGGUUUGUUACCGCAUGACUCAAAUAUUGUGAAGGUUAUCUUGAGUUUUAUUUUAUUUUCAGUUUUACUAUCAUCCGCCUUGGUAUUGAACAAUUUUCUUUCAAUUAUAAUGAUCUUUUGUGGCCAAAUUUAGCCCACCGGUGCUUUGCAUCAUAUUUGUUGGGUUUUUUUUAAAUGCUUGACAUUUAUCAAAACUUUAAAUUGUUAUUACUUGAUAUCUUUCCACAACACUCCCCCCCCCUCCUUUUUCCCCUCCCCACCAAAUGAAUUUUAAAUAUGGGAAUGUUCUGGUGUCCUCUAGAUACAAACUCUAAUACAAAGCAGUGAAUGUUGCAAUUAACGACCUGCAGGUUUAACAAGAAUAUUUAAGAAAGAAGACAAAAAAAAAAGCCACACAAAAAACCCACCAAGUGGGCAAGAACUAAACUAAAGAACAAGUAGAGCAGAUGGCCCAGUAUGAACAAAAUCAUUUAAAGUGUGGAGGGCAGUAGAUUUUGUUUCUAACAAUAUUCCAUAGAACCGUGUUUUAAUAAAUGCAUAAUUGUGAUCUGAAUUUUUAUUUUUUAUUAUUUUUUUCCACAUGUAUUUAUGAAUGGUUUUUAGGUCUGACCGUUGUGAAACGGUGAGACAGAAAUGAAAGUUCAUAAUUUUUAACAUCACGCCUGGAACUUCUGGUCUGAAAUAUUUUAUGUUGACAUUGGAGGGGGGACGGGACAUUGGCAUGGGAAUUCACAAUGGGUAUAUUUAUUUAUUCAACGUGUAUGGGUCAUUUUUGCAUUACAUGGUUUUUAUGGAAAUGAUGUUUCUCUUCUAUAUUUCAAUGGUAGGCAUCUUUACUAUGUAGUGUGAUGAUUUACUGUGGCUGUUAUCUAACUUUACUAUGUGGCUAGGAUGUUUUAAUGCUGUUUGGCUGGAUAUUUUAAUGCUGCGUGGUUGGGAUAAUUUAAUGCAACGUGGUUGGGAUAUUUUUCAAUCCCACGCGGCUAGUAUAUUUUAUUCCUAUGUGGUGAGUGUAUUGUAUGUCACUGUUGUGCGCAUGUGAUACACAGGAUAUUUGAAGCUCAUUUUGAUGUAUACAUGCUACGUGGUUAGGAUACUAAAUGUUGCUUAAAAAAAGCCUACGUGUCACACUGAAUCCGUCAACUUUUGCAAACUGAAUGCCACAUGUCAAAAAAAUGGUGGCAACAUGCAUUUGUUGUUGGUCAGUAAAUCAUAAAAUUGAUAUGAUUUUUAGAAAGGAAAUUAAAUAUUGGCAAACGUUCUUUUUCAAAAGCCUUUUCUUUCUGUAUGGUUCACCCACAUUCCAGGCUUUGUGAUUAUUACAAGCUGAGAAGUCUUCAAUACAAUUUUUUUUUGUGCAUUUUCCUUCUACAUUUAACAUUUGUUGAAAGUCUUCAUGUCUACAAUGGAUUAAUUUUUUUUUCUUUUGGUCACCCUGCUUUGUUUGCUCCCAUUGAUUUUUUAAAUAAAAAUUUUGUCAUAUCUCCACUAUAAGAUUUAUAGCACAAGAAGAAAUUAUUGACAAGAAAUGACGAAGUCAGUUUAAGUUAAGUUUUUAAAAUGUUUGUGUAUGCGUGGGUUAACUUUGUCUUAAAGACUUACACAUUUUUUGUAGCUUUUAAAGCUGUGUGAAGAAACAAACAUUUUAAUGAACAUUCUUACAGAAGUAAGAUCUCUAAUCAUGCCCACGUUUCUCGUCCAAAGUCCUGCCAUUAGUCCCUUCACGUGUCAUGUGACUGGUCUUGUCUACAGUCUUUCAUUAAUCCCUACAUGUGUCAUGUGACUGCUCUUGUCAAAAGUCUUGUUAUUAAUCUCUGCAUGUUUCAUGUGACUGAUCUUGUCACAGCUGAUGCAUGGCUUUAUUUUUAAGAUGUAUCAGAGUUUAUACAAUUUCCUGACUUUGAACAAGACUCGCGGCAUGAUUAGAGAUCUUACUUCUGUUUAAAAUAAAAUAUUUUGUGAUCUUUUCUUAUUGUGUAAAUAAUAAUGAAUAUUUCUGGGGAUGUAUUGGUAUCAUUUCAUGUUUUAUGUCUCUAUUUUGACACAAACUCAUGUGUCUGUUGUUCUCAACUAAAGAUUCUAAAAGUGAAAUGUCCUGGUUUUAUACACUUUAUACAUUUAAUAUUUUAUUACAAGGCCUACCCUGUUUUUCAUUUUAUUACAGUUUUGUGUUGUUUUUUUCUGUGAAAUUGUUCUCCACAUGAUAUUAUUAUCGAAAU